AAACUGUGAAAUGCGCAGCGGUAUAAUAUCUGUGUCGCAAAGAAAAAAGUAAAUAAAUUAAAAUUAUGGAAAUUGAUCGAGAGCAAAAUUGAUUCUAAUGAAGCAAUGGCACAUGAUCAGAGGCUAUCCAAAGAUGAAAAAAAUAUCAAGCCUGUCACGGCUUGGACGCCGGAUUUGUUUGGUCCCAUUUUUAGAAAGCAUAGUCUGUCAGUAAAACAGACAUUGGAUUUGUUCAGUAUGGAAGAGCAGAUUCAUCGUAUGGCGACUUUCGUUCCCGACGAGAUAAUAUACGCAACAGACUUGUCAGAGAAGAGCUUACGAAGCUUCCAAGCUGUUUUAAUGUUUCUAAACAUUUCGGGUUUUUCGAUGUUGUUUAAGAAAUUUAUUCACGAAAAAGACAGAGGAAGUUUGGCUUUCACUAAAACGUUAAAUGAAUAUAUCUACAUAGCAGUUCGCGAAAUAUACAGCAGCGAAGGAGAUAUACUAAAGUUUUCUGCUGAAGGAUUAUUAGCAGCGUGGAAAGUACACGAGGGCGAAUUAAUGUUCGACACUGUGCAAAAUGUGAUCGCACGCGCGAUAAGUAUACAAGAUACCAUAGCAGCCUUAAAAGACGACGACAAUAUUUGUAAAGUAAACGUGGCCAUCUCGGCUGGGAAUGUAAUGUUCUCGAUAAUUGGCAGCGAUGAAGCACGGCAUUUCGUGAUCGUCGGUCUGCCGAUUGAAGAGCUAAAAAAUGCGAAAAAGGUUUCUCUGCCGAGUGACUUGGUAGUAUCGCUGAGCGCAUGGCAGCAUUGUACGCCGAGUCAAUACGAAUACGUCAUCAAGGAUUCGAAUAACGUAAAGAUAUUAAAAAUAUUAAAACAGCCAGAUGCAAAAUCAACACCGACGUAUAUAACACCGACAUCGCCAAGUGAUAAUGUUAAUCCAGACACAUCUCCGAACGGGAAAUUUCUGAUAGAUGCCGUAAAACCAUCGUCACCUUAUAGAACACAUUUGAUUUCUGAAUUAUAUUCCGAAACAGAAAUUGGUAAUAAAGAAGAGAAAAUUUCCACAGCGAUUACUGCGAUAGCAGCGAUAAAUCCGAAUUUCAGCGAACAUUUAAGAAGCUAUUUGUUAAAGCCGGUGAUCGAACAGAUCGAAAGGGGAGGAUCAUUAAGACUGUUGGCGGAGAUCAGUCGAAUUACAAUAAUAUCCAUCGAUAUCAUACCCGACAAAUGUCCAGACAACAAAUUAAUUCUUUUGAUCGACGAAUGCUUUCUGCUUGUGCAUAGUGCAGUUACGCAAUACGGGGGUUAUAUUAACAUGAUGAACUUGUUCGAGAGGAAUAUUUUCUUUUGUAUUGCAUUUGGUAUUGCAAUAUGUGGGGACAGCAACGAGGAUCAAUUUAAAAUCGACGAGACUUGUAAAAAUGGAAUAACUUGUGCGAUGCAUAUAUUGCAAACAGCGAAGGCCAUCGCCGGAAUUCAAAGCAUUUGUGUCGGCAUGUCAACAGGAAUGGCUUAUUGUGGCGUAAUCGGGCAUAUCGCUAGAAGAUAUUACGCGAUCAUUGGACCACCUGUCGAUAAAGCUAUAAAAAUAAUGAAUAUUUCCUGUGAUAAAAUUUCCUGUGACUACGACACCGUAUUGCAUAGUCAUUUCGAAAAGGACAAAUUUCGCUCUCGAGGCGUGAGAACGUUGCACCGACUGGAGAAGUAUCACAUCUAUGAAUAUUUCGGCGAUGAGCCGAUAAAAGAAGAUGUAACUUCAUCUCUGGAUUAUUGUUAUCCUAUUUUGGGUAGACUGGACGAGUUGAAUUGCUUCGACGAUAUUCUAGAUGAGAUUGGAGUAGUAAAUCGAAGAUAUUCAGGGUUGUUGAUCGAGGGAAUCGAGAGGUCAGGAAAAUCUAGACUUUUAGAUGCUUUCGUCACGAGCGUUUGCAACAGACAAAUAAGACCAAUAAAACUUUCUCUUCACGCGACAUAUGAGGAGAAGGCUUAUUCAGUUAUAUAUCACAUUAUUCUACAGAUGCUUGAAGCUGAGAAUUGCGAGACGGUCGAGGAGCGUGAAAAGGAGUUAUUUAAUAAAUUAGGCAACGUUCUUACUUUGGACAAUUUGUGCUAUCUGAAUGUUUUAAUGAGAGUUAAUUUCCCUCUUUCCGACAUUUAUUGUUCGGACACCGAUUGGCGACGUCACACGAAGACUGUCGAUAUGUUCGAAAGGAUAUUAAAACAGCUGAAAACCAAAAUCUGCAUUUUGCUUGAUGAUGUUCAAUACAUGGACCAUAAAUCGUGGCAAUUUUUGUCGUCGGUACUUAAUAACUGUAACAUCAUCGCGGCGAUGACGAUAUCGAAGCCGAGCUCGUGGGACGAUCUGUCCCACGUAGAAGCGGAGAUUUAUAAGGAUAAAAGGCUAACGAUUCGUACAUUGUUCGGUCUGAAUGUAGAUCUCCUCCCGAUAUUUGCAUGUCAAUUUCUAAACGUCCUAGCGAUACCCAAAAAAUUAAGCAGGAUUUUGCAGAAGCACAAGGACGGCCACAUCGGAUGGUGCGAGGUGUUCCUCACGUCGAUUCUUCAGAGCGACGGGCUAGCUUUUGUCAAGAUAUCGCCCAACGAAGCGGCGCAACGCGAACUCGUUUUUCCAAAUGGCAUACUCGUGACAAAGCUACCUGUCAAUAUGACACCGGAAGAAAUGGCGCCGCCUUUACCCUGGUCGAAAAUGAAUCUCUUGGACGUCUGCAUCAUGAACGAGAAUCACUUCAAGAUUACUGACAAAAAUCGCGAUAUGACAGAAUUGAUGAGCGAGAUCUACCAUAAAAUGAAUCCUUACGAGCAAAAUUUCAUUAAGUGCGCCGCUACGCUGGGCAGAGUGUUUAAGCGAGGCAUGGUAGAGAACGUAAUGUUGAAUUCGAUCUCACUGCACACCGCUAAAACCGUUUCCGAGAUGAUCCGAAUGCGGAUAUUAGAGUGCGCUUCGCUGCAACGACGAGAUUUCCACGUUGAGGAUCUUAUCUUCUGCAUAGAUAAAAAGCGGCAAACAUUCUCCGAUAUGCACCACUCGUUAUCUUGCGAUUGCUAUCACUCAAGAGCUAUCGCUGGCCCCUCGCCUCUUUAUGCUCAUUGUAAAUUGCUAGAGUUCAAAGUUGAUUCAUUUCAAAAGAUGAUAUACAAUGUACAAACGGCGGAAGAAAAGCGGGAACAUCAUACGAGAGCGGCUGGAAUAUACGGCUUGGACGCUCGAAAAUGCAAUUCCUGCGGUAGCGGCCGCUUUCUGAGAAUCCUCAACGAGGAUGUCAAAGAAUCGAAGAUGGAAGAGUCACAACGUGUAAUGCCCAGUCGACUUUCGUUGAUUCGUUAUCGAACACUUUUCGAAGGGAGACGGAGUACGAAAACGAGCAUACUUACAACGCAAACAAGCGCUGCGACGAGGAAACAAGAUUUGAUUGAUAUUUGUAGGAUAUCCAUUAUGCCGACGAGCAUUGAUAUCGAAGAGAGUAAAGUGCUGAAACAUGAGGAAAGUAAAGGAGCAGAUAAAUUGCCAAGCUUUAGAAAGCGAGCUACGAGUUUUUUUCCAGAAAUGACAAAAGAUCCUUCCGAUCAGAGCUACUUGGAGAAGUUUAACUAUAUCGAUUAUCGGAACUGCCAAUGCGACAAUAUUCUCUCCCAUCUCUUUUGGAAGAUGCAUCAACACAUUGAGAAAAGUGGAGAAAUCAACAAAGUACUCGAGUUUUUUAUUGAGUACAGUGCCGGAAUGAUCCAGGUUGCGCAACCUCUUUAUGCCCUUAAGCUGCUCUCGCUCGCCGCUGAAAGAAGUAGGCUCGCCGAAAUGAACGAGUGGAUCAAUGAGAACGUGGAGGACAGUAUCUCGAAUAAAGGAAUCAUUCUAGCUUUAAUGGGCGAUGCUCACAGCAAACUAGGAAAUUACAAUCAAGCUAAAAAAUACUACAUCUCGGCGGUGAAACUUCGAGGUACUCCGCCCAAGGAGAUAGGCGCCUGUUACAAAAUAAUAUUAAAGAUGUUUUGCAAACUGCAAAUCGACUUUCCUGAAUAUACGGUUGAUGAAGAGUCAAGGCGACUCGUUGUAAAGGAAUUAGAAUUAGCGUCGUACUUGCGACGUCUUAGCAUCGUAUACAUGAUAGAAAACAAAUUGAAAACGGCGCAGUCGUUUGCCUUGAGAAGUUUUAAGCUCGCGUUCGUAAGCGUUAACAGUUUUCUAGAGAAAGGCGAAGUGUAUCUUGCGACAGUGCGAGUUUUGCAUUCCACAAGAAGCGUUACAUUAAUACGACAUAUCGAAAGACUAAUGCUAAUCACAAUAGAGAGAAAAUCCACCUGGAAUGAUGUCGAGGAAAUAACGAUGGUGGCAAAUAUCUAUCUAACGAUGUAUCAACUCAGAGUGUUAAGAGGUGAAUUGGAAGAAGCUGUGGACAUAGGUAUAAAUAUCUUGAAAAUCUCUGGAACGUUGCAUCUUAAUAAACUGACGCUGAUCAUUGUGCCGUCAUUAAUUCAGAUAAUGCUAUGGACCAGACGUGUGAAUGAAACUGUCGACUUAAUACGAGAACUAUACUUUUUGGCAGACGAGGACGUAGAUUUGUCAGCCAAGACGUGGUAUUACGCUCUUUCCUUAGAUCUCAUAUUGGACGCGGGAAUAGUUUUGGAAUCGUACGAGACAAUUUAUACCUAUUACAACAAAUUUAUUGCUUACAGAUUGAAAUUUUGCAUAUGGCGCGACCAACAAAGCCUGUCCCGGUUGUUGACGAAUUUAUGGAUGUAUCAGCUCAGAUUGGGACAACAUACCGUUACUAACACGUUUGCAUACAGCGCGGAAAAAUAUGUAAAAGAAGUUACCUGGAACGACUUUUCUCAAAUUCUCACUUGCAGCAAAGGACUCGAAUGUCACCUGUUGAUGUUGCUGCGUUGUAUCAAUUCAAAAUACUCUAACGAGUUAUCGAAUCUGAUUCGAGAUAUUUCCAAAAUUAUCAAGUGUCUCACGAAAAUUUCCAAGCACGCGAAAGUUAUAAAACCACGUUUAUAUCUGUUGAUGGCAUACUUGAAUGUUAUUCGAGGCCGCAAAUCGAGUACGCGAAUCUAUUUGUACAAGGCACAGAAAUUCGCAAGCUUACAAGAAAACCAAUUGAUGAUGGCAUGGAUCAUGCAAAAUAAAAGGACAUGGAGGGAGAAAAUUCAUAAUAAUAUGGCGCGAUACUGGUUGGAACACAUUGGAUCGACAGACAUCGUGGCUUGGCAGUACAUUCGAAACUUCGACAUCGAUAUCUGGUCCACUAUCCUUUAUUCCUUACCAACGCCUGGUGCACAUUUAUAACGAGGGAUACGAAAAAUACGAUCUCCCAUCUAGCAUAUUAUUAUCGUGUCGUAUUAAUAUUCUAUUCACAAAUCCACGAUUUUUUAUCUGCAUGGACGCUGGUUAAAAACGGAAAGGAGAUAUUCUAGCGAAAUAUUUAUUUAUUAAAGGCAUAUUACACUUUUACGUUCUAGAAGAUAAACACACGACGAUCCCCUCGUGCGCACGAUACUUCGUAUCGAGUGUGAAAUUUUCUCCUUACUUCUUCCACAAAGUGACCUCCGCGCAUGAUGAAAUCUCGAUCUCGACCGUCGCGAGUUUCGCUUAAUAAUACGAUACGCGCGCGGGCGCGCGCGUUUCUGGCGCGACCGACGUUUACACUUACAUCUCGACGAUUAAUUAUUACGUAUUGCGAUUUAAUUAAUUGCUCUAUUUGGCCGAAUUUGGCCGAGUACGCCAAGGAUGUUUGCGAAUUUGAGAAAGAAGAAUGUAAAAAAGGAGAGAAAAAAAAGAAUGGGGCCUCGAUUCUCUAACUAAUCAUAAGAGAAAUGUAUGCGUAAAUUUACUCAAAGAGAGAUUUACGAGCGCUUACAUUUAAAAACUUAUGUUUAUAUGUAGAUUUUCAAAUGUAAGCGCCUCGCACAUGUAUUGUUCUUGCGAAUAGUUAAAAAAAUUGAAGCGGGAAGAAGAAAGAAGUUGCGAAAAAGAAAAAUAAGGAAAAAAUACAAAGAGAAAAGUAACAUGGUCCUUUGACCGAUUUCUCCUCAGCUGGUUUUCAAAGAGGCAAAUAAAAGAAAAAAUGUUACACUUUA